CAUUUGGGGGAUAUCUGUACUGUCCUGACAUUUGGGGGAUAUCUGUACUGUUCUGACAUUUGGGGUGAUAUCUGUACUGUCCUGACAUUUGGGGGAUAUCUGUCCUGUCCUGACAUUUGGGGGGAUAUCUGUACUGUCCUGACAUUUGGGGGAUAUCUGUCCUGUCCUGACAUUUGGGGGGUAUCUGUACUGUGCUGACAUUUGGGGGAUAUCUGUACUGUUCUGACAU